UUGCAUACUCAUCAGGCGUGCAAGCAAACCAAACCAUGUUGACUUUGCCGUAGGUCAGUUGAGAUCACCAGGAUGAGUACUUUGAUGAUAAUUUAAAUGUUCAAAAUACAUCAGUCCAGGGCUCUGAUUUUUGUUUUGACGAAACUAUGGCUGUUAUUGAUGAUUUGGCUGUUGUCAUGGAAGAGAACAAGCGUGGUAUUCAGUACGGAUUAUAUUCUACUGCUCUCUUCGGACUAGCUAUAGCACUGCGAAGUGUACGACCGUUCAAGAAGUUUACAACACCUCAAUCUUUGCCAUCAUCAUUUCUAAAGAAACACAUCACACUGUACGGCCAAGUAAUAGAGGUGGAGCCCAAUGGUCUAUUAAAAGUAAAUCACUUUCCGAUUUGGCCACUUCCAGGCCAAAGCUCCUCCUUACUACCCAUUCAAAUUGACAGCAUUCAAACAGUUGGACUAAGUACAGCCUGGUUGAGCACUGUGGUAAAAGGCAGUAAAAUUAAAUUUCAACCUAUAAUGGUGCAAGACAAUGCCUUAUCAUGCAUUGUGAUAAGGGAGGGAAAAAAUAUUGGUACACAACUAGUUUCCAUAGGUUUUGCAUCUGUGAAACCCAUUCAUACUUCAUUAGAUAACAGCAAACUGUACCUAAGAUACUAUAAAGAGUUGUUGGCCGCAGAAGAUAAAGCAGAGAAGAAGAAACUGGGAAUGUGGAAUGAUAAGCUCUAAGCAGGAUACCUAAUUUGAUGAGUUUGAAUCUGUCGAGAUGCUUUUGAAAGCACAUAUAUUUUCCUUGAGUGUCGUGCCAUUGAAUCUUCUGCAUUCAUAAAUAAUUUAUCAGUAUUAUAAAAAUUAUUUUGUAAGCAUAUUAAUAGUAGCAUAAGUAUAAAAAGUUUAUCAUUGACAAAUUUUUAAAAUAAAGUGAAAAAGAUUUUAA